AUGAUGUUGGAGGCUCGAUCUGCGGGCGCCGGUGACGUGGCAGGUGUGGCAGUGAUGCAGCUGCAGGAUAUCAAGGAGGAGGAGGACGUGGAGCUGACGCGAUUGGACAGUGAUGGCAGCAGCGAGCCGCGGCAGUCUGGCAGCGGUACGCUCGUGGCAGAGGAGAAGCAGCAGUAUGUGGAGAAGGAGGUGGCGGUGGUGGAGAGCGGCGGCGGGAGCAGAGACGAUUUGUCUCUGUUGCCACCGCUUCCGAAUACGAUCGAGCGUGUGGUGGAGCGGGAGGACGCGGAGGAGCAGACAAACAGUUCUGUGGCAGCAGAGCCGCAGGCGACGGUGGUGCCCGAUGCGGCGAGCCAGUUCGAUCUGUCCAAGGCGCUUGAGAUCCCGGUGUCGUUCAGCGCCGCGAACAACGAGACGAGCACGAUCAACAAUACGGGUAGUCAUAGCGACUCGUCGCUGUCGUUGACGCCGCUGAUCACGAGCCCCAAGCUGUCGCUCAAGAAGAAGUUCUCUACGGUGACGCCGGAGGGAUCGCCUAGCGACGGCUGCGAGACAAGAGCGCACGGCAGCGUGCGGAAUAGGAGCAAUUCGAACGUGGCGGCUUUCCAGCACAUUUUACCCACGCUGAAUAUGGCCAUAGAGGCCGGCGCGUACCAGCAGCCGCAAGCCGCGGACAAAAAGCUGAUUAGGAAGUUCAGUUUCGGCGAUAGUAGCAGUCUUUGCACUUCUAGCAACUCGUUGUCCGAGACUGAGAUGCUGUAUAGGGCGCCGCCGCCGAUGUUGGGCGGCCAGAGGUCCAGGUCGGGCUCCAAUCCGCUCAACAAUGCGCCGCUGGAGGGUAUGAACACGCCGAAUUCUUCGAUUCUGGAGGCCGAUUCGAGUCCCAGGAAGGUACCGUUGUUGAGAAGGGCGUCUAGUGCUAUCCUGCGUAAGACUUCGCUCCGAAGUAGCGCCGGCAAGGAGGUCUCGCGUAGCUCAAGCGCGUCGGCUACUCCGAUUCUUCAUAACGGGCCCGUUUUCGACUGCGGGAUGCCCGUGAAGACGCCUUGCAGGAACGCAACGAGCUCGCGGUCGCUGCUCGAAGGCGGGUCUUCGAUAAUGAACAACUUGGAGUCCGAUGAUGAGCUCCUGUAUGUUACGCCACUCAACGGGACGCCCGAGGGGCCUUUCAGAAAUCCAUCGAUACGAUCAAGGGUAAGGAGAGGGUUCUCCAGGAUAAUAAGCAGCAGCGGCUCAGUAAGGAGGGUGGCCUCUUCGGCAAGCAACUUGAGGGACGUUCCACAGGGGCAUGAACCCGAGCAAAUAGAUUCCAGUCGAAUCGCGCCGCUGUCGACCUCCGCAAACAACACUACUCAUGCAAAGUUUGAACUGGGCCGCAAUUCGUUUGGCUCGUCAAAAAAUUCGUCCCCCAUAGAGGCACGAAGAAGCGUGAGUAACCCGUUGGUAACGCCUAUAUCUACUUCCACGGCGAUGACACCGACAACGUCAAAGACACAACAGCAGGGUGAAAUAACAGAUCAGUGGAGCCACGGUGUGGCCAGGCCUGGUAGUAUGGACUAUUUCGAUCAAUCGAACGGGGCAAGAGGUUAUGAGAAUCCAGAAUCGGGUUCGCUGGCGGCAGCAGGUGCGAUAACAGAAACGACGGAGGAGAAAAGGAUAAACCAAAAGGAUAAGGAUCAAGACGUUGGAGAAGCAAUAGAAAAUGACAUAACGGUAGAUUUGGAUAAACUUACGCAAUCGAUACCGGUCAUCACCGUCACAGAUAAGUUAAAUUCAAACGAUUACACGGCGGUUCAAUUGCAAUCAAAUAUAAUACUUGAUGAAGUCUACAAGGGCAAGAACUAUAAAAAUGAUAAACGAUAUAUUGGUGGUACGCGUGAUAAGCAUGACGAAUCGAAAAAACCUGAGAUGAUGACUCUAAGUGAAUACACGGGCAUACUCAUGAGACAGCAGCAAAUUGAGGAUGAAAGGCUGGCCGUCGUGGAGAAAAAUUUCAGAGAUUCCGGUUGGUGUUCCAAUGACGACUUGAUGAAUUUAAAACAAAAGAGAGUUAUGAUUAGCAAGAAAUGGGCGGAAAGAAUCUCGUUUUACCAAAACAAAUUGGAUUCUUGA